UUACAAAUUUGGCAGCUGUCACAAUCUCCGCGCUCCUUCUUUUCAUCUUGUCAAGCAAGAAGAGAAAAUUUGCUGGUCUGUAGAAUAAUUGUGAUAUUUCGAUUUUUCGUUAUUUUUCUAGUGACUUCCAUUGUAACAGCGACUAAUAUUCUGCUGAAGUAUUUAUAGCAACCAUGGCCCCUGAUAAAAAACAGAAAGGUCGUAACAAAAAAAUCACGUUGGUUCAGAAUCCCAAAAAAAACGAAAUUUCUGUGACUAACGGCACUUCCAAUGGAUCAAUUGAAAUGACAGAAGAAGAGGCACUUUGUGCAAAACUCGACGAGGAAGCAAGAAUAAAUGCCGAAGCAAGAGCAUGUACUGGUUCACUGGCUGUACAUCCUCGGUCAAGGGAUAUAAAAUUCGCAAAUUUUUCAAUCACCUUUUUCGGAUCGGAAAUGCUCCAGGACACCAUGCUUGAGUUGAAUUGUGGUCGUCGAUAUGGAUUGCUCGGUGCCAAUGGAUGCGGCAAAUCUUCUCUUCUAGCAGUGCUUGGCAACCGUGAAGUACCUAUUCCGGAGCACAUCGAUAUCUUUCACCUAACCCGUGAAAUUCCUGCUAGCUCUAAAAGUGCUCUUCAAUGCGUAAUGGAGGUUGACGAAGAACGCAUAAAUCUGGAGAAAAUGGCUGAUGCGUUAGUUGAGCAGGAAGAUGAUGAGUCUCAAGAACGGUUAAUGGAUAUUUACGAUCGUCUGGAUGAGAUAUCAGCAGAUGUUGCCGAAGCAAAGGCAUCACGUAUUCUACACGGUCUAGGAUUUACAAAACAAAUGCAGGCUAAAGCUGCUAAGGAUUUCUCUGGUGGUUGGCGAAUGCGAAUUGCAUUAGCUAGAGCUUUAUUUGUAAAACCGCAUCUAUUACUGCUGGAUGAACCCACAAAUCAUCUCGAUCUGGAUGCUUGUGUAUGGUUGGAGGAAGAAUUAAAAACCUAUAAACGAAUUCUGGUCAUAAUAUCUCAUUCGCAAGAUUUUUUGAAUGGAGUUUGCACCAAUAUUAUUCAUAUGACCCAAAAGAGGCUCAAAUAUUACACUGGAAACUAUGAGCAAUUUGUGAAAACACGAAUGGAAUUGCUAGAAAAUCAAAUGAAGCAAUAUAAUUGGGAACAGGAUCAAAUAGCACACAUGAAAAACUAUAUUGCACGAUUUGGUCAUGGUUCCGCAAAACUGGCACGCCAAGCACAGUCAAAGGAAAAAACACUUGCUAAAAUGAUGGCACAAGGCCUUACGGAAAAGGCCACUGAUGAGAAACAAUUGAACUUUUGUUUCCCAUCAUGUGGUACAAUUCCACCACCUGUUAUUAUGGUGCAAAAUGUCAGUUUUCGUUAUAAUGAUAAUACGCCUCAUAUCUACAAAAAUCUUGAGUUUGGAAUCGAUUUAGAUACUAGAUUAGCCUUGGUUGGGCCAAAUGGAGCUGGUAAGAGUACAUUACUGAAGCUACUAUACGGGGAUCUUGUGCCUACAUCGGGAAUGAUUCGUAAGAACUCCCACCUUCGGAUUGCCAGGUAUCACCAACAUUUGCACGAGCUGCUUGACAUGGAUAUGAGUCCUCUAGACUAUAUGUUAAAAUCUUUCCCUGAGGUAGUAGAGCGAGAAGAAAUGCGCAAAAUUAUUGGUCGCUACGGUUUAACUGGACGACAACAAGUCUGUCCUAUACGACAGCUUUCGGAUGGACAACGAUGCCGCGUUGUGUUUGCUUAUUUAGCUUGGAAGAAACCACAUCUACUACUACUAGAUGAACCUACCAACCAUUUGGAUAUGGAGACAAUUGACGCGCUGGCCGAAGCAAUUAAUGAUUUUGAAGGUGGUUUAGUGCUGGUUAGUCAUGAUUUUCGACUCAUUAACCAGGUUGCCAACGAAAUUUGGAUUUGCGAAAAUGGAAAAGUUACAAAAUGGCAUGGAAACAUCUUAGACUACAAGGAACAUCUAAAGAAGAAUAUAGCCAAGGAAGCAAAAAUCGCUGCAAAGUAGUAACAGUUCACGAAUUGUAAAUCAAUUAAAUUAUUAUGUAAACCAAACUAAAAAUUUCUCAGUAUAUCAAACAAUAGAUACGCAAAUGAUGCGAACAGCACUCUAAGAUCGAAAAUAUUAGCUAACAUGUGUUGAUCCCAGUUUAAUUUAUUCAGAAUCGUUCUAAAUAUUCUUUACUUCCGAUUUCUUGGAAAAUUCAUUCGAUUACACUUGAUAGUAGGAAAGAUCUCAACGAACAAGCAGCUAACCCAAAAAUGUCUGUUCAUAGUUUUUUUUUGCAUCAAUGUGGUUACACACGAGUAAAAUAAAUUGCUAGCCGCAAAAGAUGAUAAAAUUAAGAGUGCCCAUCUAAACUCAA